UGGUUCGGGCUCUUGGCGCUGUGGCCCCCCUGCCUUGGCCCUGCCGGUGGGUUUGCGGGGCCUCCCCGGAGAGGUGGUGCACCCCCAGAUACACAGCCCGGGCUCUAGUGGUGGUUUCAGUGUGAAAACGGGGUACGGUAAAACGAAAUCGGGGCUCUGGCCUGCCUUCCCAGGUGUGCAAGAAAGCCUAGCUUUAACACGUUAUUUUGGGAGGUUUUCUGUUUGAAUAAGUGGGAGUAAAACCCAGGUAAGUGAAGGUAGCGUCAUAAGCCUCUCCACAAAGGAGUGGCCUAGCGGCUACGGUAUAUAUGUCUGAGGUAGUCAAGCCUUACAGUAAAUACAUGGGAGGAUUUCACUGUGAAAGGCAUGACUGACUGAGUUUUUUCUGGCAUAGGUUCAGCUUCCAAAAACUUAAGAGCACCAGUUUUAGAAGCAGAGUUGAGAAAGCAGGUUCUUCUGCUAAUUGUUUUGUAUAACCUUGCGUUUAAUAGCUGUUUCAUUGCUCUUUUUUUAAAUUACAGAAAAAAUGGAUAAUACCCUUUUGAAAGACUUUGAAAUUGUUAGUUAUGUUAAAAAAAAUAGAAGUUAAAAUAUUGCCAUCAUUUCUGUUUAUCUGCAAGUAUACCUUAACUUUAGAGUCUAAAGGAGCCAGAUUUUGUCACUGCUUACAGCUUGGCGUACGUUCUUUGAAGUAGGUUUGUUCCCUGACCAGCAAAAAAGCAACGUUCCCAUCUCAAGUAGUACAGGGUAUUAAAGCAAAUCUACUGCUGCAAAGCUGCAUGCCACAAAUUGAAAGCUAAGGAAAUAGCAGUUGAGGUUGUUGUGCCUUGAAGAUGGAGCCUCUCAACUGUUACUUGGAGAAAUCCCUAAAGAAGGCGAUAAUAGCUCUCAGUGAUUUUUAACAUGGGCAGGUUAGCUUUGUCUGUGUGGCGUGAAAGCAUUUUGUUUAAUUUAAAAUCUUUCUAUAUGCAGUAUUUGGGAAAUGAAGUGAAAUAGUUUGUGUAACAGAUUGGCUGUUGUUAUUCUCAUGUUAUUUAAUCAUGUUCACAAGCACUUCUGAUUUUAUUUCUUCAUGCCCUGAGAAUGCUUUAAUUUUGCUAAAUGAAAAUCUCAAUACUUUAAACAACGAGGCUUGCAAAAGGUGUAGAAAUGAUAUGGAAGUUUCCAAGGCACCUGAAGACAACUUCCCGUAUUUCAGAGAUUCUUUCCUGGGGAGGGAAAGCGGAGUAUGCAAGGAGUGGUUAAAAUGAGAAGAAGCAGCACCGAAUACAGGCAAUGCAGGAUAUGCUUAUACCAGGUAAAAAGGCGUAGGGCGAAAUCCAAUCUGAAUUAGUCCUGGAGCUAGCUAGAGCCUGUGUAGGUACGUCAGUCUAGGGCAUGCCCAAAUGAGGUGUCUUUGUGCUUUGCGUGUAGAUAACAGAGUGGAAUAGUAUGGGAUGUGUUGCCCCAGAAGAUACAGAUGUGCUAGUUCCACUAAUGUUGAACAGGACUGGUGCCUCUAAAUUCCUUUAAUGGCGCUUGAAAAAUGACAUUUUUUACUGGCUGGUAUUUUGUCUGAUUUUCUUAGUGUACUUGUUGAUGAUAAUAUACGCGAGUAAAACAUUUGCUUGACCUUUAAGGUUGUGUUUGACAUGCAGUUGCUUUUUUCUUGUUGUUGAUUUUGUUCAUCUAUUUUAGAUUAGCACAUGAAAUGAAAUAUAUAUGUCUUUCUGUGUGAGGAGGAUAGGCGCUUAGAACAAUUCCCAGUAAAACUUGAGGGAUUCUGCCAUAACCCAGUUUACAUUAUAGGCCAGAGUUAUUCUCUUUUUUUCUGAAUUUUGUUUUCCCUUAGGCAUAGAAUAAUCUUAAGAAUAGUAUUUAUCAAGUGUGCAUGGGUGUAUUAAAUAUACACAGUAUGCAUGUACUUCUAAAUUAGAUUUCUUUUUUGCCAACAUCAGCUGGUUGCUUAGAAACCCAGUGUUGGAUUGACCAGGUGUUUUAAAGCCAGCUGGCAAUACAAAGCAUGUAGCAGUGAUAGAGCUCUGUCUGCCCUGCGGUAUCACAGAGAAACAGCCGGUGCUAAGUGCCAGGAUUUGAUUAAGAUUGAAACUCCAUCUAGAAGUUUGUGGGUGGUUUGAAGACAGUAUUUGUAAUUACAAUUUACAAGGUUAUUUCUAUGAGAAAACCUUGGAAAACAUGUGUGGCAAGUUAGCUUGUAGGACUUUAUUUGUUCUAGGAAUUUGCAAAGUUACUUUGGUAAGAAAAAGUAAUCUGGAUCCAAAUAGUUAUGUGUUAAUGAGUAAAUAAAAACAUCAAUACUCAUCUUACCAAUUGGACUAACCAAUAUGAUUUUGAUGUAUUAUUUUAUUGAAUAUAUUUUAAUGGCUUGGCAAUGUUGGGCAGUUCAAAAAAUGUCUCUAGUUGCGUUGCAAAACUGAAGAUUAACGCAGGGAGUUUGAGUUCUUGCAGGGACCUCUCUGGAGCUUCGUUAUGGUGGCCGCAGUGGUACAGUUGUCUGUAACGGGAAUAGACCUCUCCACCAGCGUCAAACUGAUUUCGUGGUGGAGUGAUGCUAUUCACUUCUGACUACCGUGAGAGAACGAUCAUAGAAGAGAGACCAGAGUUUAACAUUUUCUUGAUGUCAGGUAUUUGAACUUGGUGGUAAUCGCUCAAAUUUGUGAACUGCUAAUAAUGAGUUAUCGUGAAAAGUAUCCCCUGAACCUCACCUCAGCUGUGCACAGUACACAUUUUUCUUCAUUUCUAUGAUUAUUUGACUCCUAACAGCUUUUACUUUCUAGAAAUAGAUCAAGGAGCUUUACUGCCACGCCUGUGGAAUUUUCCGAAACUGAAAAUGCUGAAGUUAAAAGUCAGUAUUGGACACCUUCCAUAAAACAGAAACCUAAUGUGUGCAUUGAGAGAAUGCCAUCAGAAGUACUACUGAAGAUAUUUUCCUAUUUGGAUGCAGUAUCCCUAUUGUGUGCUGGUUGUGUGAAUAAGCGGUUCUAUGAUCUGGCCAAUGACAAUGGAAUCUGGCUGAAAAUAUAUUCCAGUCGUUUUCCGCCAAAAAGAACAAUUUGGAAAAUUAAUUCUGUCGAGACAGAAACUGUUUCCUUGGGCUGUGCUGCUGUGCAGGAUAGAAAGCCUGGAUACUGGAAGAAAGAAUACAUCUCCAAACAAAUAGCUGCUGUCAAAACUAGAGUAAUGCAACUUCUUAAACCUGUAGAUCCUCAUACAGGUCUUCCAUGUAAAAACAGAGAAGCUAUAAGAGCAUCUGGCUUGAGUUGGGUUAUUAUUCUAAAGGACAGAAAUGGAAAGGAACACAUAAUGGAGCAGGCAGAUCUAUCAUUUAAGGAUGCGUCUGUUACUAUAUCCUGGUAUAGUACGAGUUGGCCGUGCUUAAACGUCCUGUCAACCCUAGAACUAUGUGGAGUGACACCACUGCUUCCUGACCAAAGCAGAGCUGCCGGCAACAGCGGACCUCGUCGACGUUCCCUAAUUGCUGAAUACAGCCUUUCUAACGUGACUGAAACCAGUGUAGCAAUUGGUGCUGAUAAGCUUGUCCAACUCUUUGGUCUAAAUCCAGGACUCUUGCUAGGACUUUGGAAGGAAACAAAUGAAAUUGCUUUUGUUAUGGUGAGUCUUCAUUAUCAUCAACUUCUUGAGAGAAGCACUUUGGGUUCCGCUACUGUACAAUAUGUCCUUUCACCUAAUAAACCUGUACUGGAUGAUGUUGACCCAGAAUAUGGGCUGCAUGACUACAAUCUACAUCUUGAUAUACACAGUGGAAGCCAUACUUGCAUGUGUGGAACAUUCAAGAGCCUCUUCUGCAGAAAAGUUGACAUUCAGAAUGGAUAUUUGAGGCUAACGGUUGUAAACAUAAAAGAUAAUGCGAAACACUUGCCUAUUAUUGGAACAGUUGGCUUAUCCUGGAAAACAGAUGUGUUUAAAGGCAAUGUAAAGGACUGUUACUUGAUGGAUGUUACCGUCUUGGAUGAAACUCGAAAGCCCUUCUGGUGUUUCAGUGCCCCAGUCUGCAUGGAACUGUCUUCCAAGACAUCUGGCCUUUAUGACUACAUGGGUCAUAUCUAUACCACAGAGUAUGCAGAUUCAGAGGGUAAAGUCAGUGUUGACUUAGUAUGGCUGGAAGAAACCAAGGAAUAUUAUGUAGUCAAUCUGGUUCUUUACAUAAGCACCAAAAAAGUUAACAACUGGUAUGGAACAAAUUACUGAUUUAAUUGAGUGGUUAGUUUUCUUGCUUUAAAAAAAGCUAAAUUUUUGCUAAUUACAAUUGAUAUUAAUUAGUAAUACUGCUGCUGCAAGUUUUGUGCCCUUUCAGUUUUUCAAUAGCAAAAGUACAGUUGCAUGUAUGUAUUUUAAUUGGCAUUGGAAGGAUGGAAGAGAGCUGUUUAUAUGAAUUGAUAACUUAGGCUGUUCAACAGGGAAAAAAAACAUUAUGUUUAAUCUGUUUGUGGUACUGGGCGUAUUACAAAUUAUCUUAGAAAUAGUUGUUUUUUAUAGGUGCUUUUUAAUAUAUGUGAAUAAAUUGCUGCUUCUGAGCACUGUACUGUGGAGAAGCUUUAUCCUUAUGUAAGCUGCACUGUUUUUGAAAACAUUGAACUUUAUGCCUAAAAUGGUGCAACAGCAUGUGUGCUGUUCCCUUCUGAUUCAUUAGAGUAUUAUUGAUAAAUGACUGCUAUUGAUAAAUGUAGAAAUACUAUUUUUUUUAAGUACGAAUACUGUAAUACAUUAUAGUAGAGCAUUUAAAAGGUAGACUAGAAGUCACAGAUCUGAAUAAUAUGGUAGUAAGGCAUUUGUCAAGAAAAUCACUUGUGUAAUAUCUGUGACUUGCCUAAUGUACUGGCCCUUGAAUAAUUGUCCUGAUUAUGAGAAUGGGUUAAGGUGACAUCUGGUCCUCUGAAACCAAGCUGACAUUCAGUUGCUUCAGAAACAAUGAAUUAUCUGAUAAGGUUUAUCUGAUGAUAGAUAUUCAUGGAAAAAAGGCUUACAUGCCUGAUUUUUCAGGUUGCUUGAAGUAACUUUGGAACCUUGUCUACUCCCUGAUGAAAAAAGUCAUGACAGUGUCAUUUCUGUGAUGUGUUACAAACCAGGGUAAAUCUGUGCAGUUUCAUAGUACACUGUUAAGAAAAAAGCACAACUAUGUUGUUGGUUUCUGUGACUGUAUUAUGAAAGUGAUUUCCUUCAAGAUAAUUUGUUCUCUUUUAUUCAUUUAAGUAGAUGGAUUUGUUCGUGUAAGCAAUGUCUAUAUGUGAACACUUGUGAUUGGUACUACAAAGAUAUGGAUUGUUUUUUAAUGUAACUUUCAAAGAUAGUAAAGUUAAGGGUGAUUCAGCUCCAAUUUGACUUACUACCUUGCCUAAUGAAGAAAUAAUAACAUUUCUAUUUUUGAUGGUUAGCGAGUGUAACAAGCACGACCAGCUCCGUUCUGACUGCUUUCUUACAGACUGCUGCUCGUGACUGUGAUCCCUUGAAGUAAUAUAAAUGUUUUAGUAAGCGUGGUGAGUGUGAUGAAUUUGUGAUGAACAAUAGAUGCUGAAGUUCACGUUGCAUGGAGAUGCAGUGUAUGAAGCAGCCAUUCAAGAUUUUCUCUUGCCUGAAGUCUGACUUUAAGGGACUGUCUUUCACAAGGAAGUGGUAGUUCUGUUCCAAGGUCCUCUCAGUCUUUGACUUCACUGUUAAGCCUGUAAACUAAGGUGUGGAGUAGUUCUAGCUGCAUUUACAUUUUGUAAUGUGCAAGUACGUUCUCUGGCCUGCUGUGAAACCACAGAUGUUAUUGGCCACUCAGCAGCUAUGAAAUGGUAACAGUGUUAUGUUGCUGCUCACUUCGGCUGAAUUUUCAUCACAUUCCUAAUGUUUUAAAAAAAGACUUCCUCUUUAAAAAAAAAAAAAAAAAA